AUGGAGUAUGAGCAGGCAAGGGAAGAAGAACAAGACAACAAUGCACCCCUCAUACACAGUGAGCACCAGAAAAGAAGAGAAACAGCAAAGGAAGACGAGAUAUGUCUGUUCACAGAUGCAGCGAUAUCAGCAAAAAUGAAAAGGACGGGCCAAGGAAUUGUGGCAAGGAACUGGAAAGGAAAGAUCAUGCGAGCAAAAGGGAUAGUCAAUCAAUACAAGGGAGUACCAAGUAAGGAAGAAGCUCUGGCAAUCAGGAAUGCAAUACUGAUGGCUAAACAUGUAGGAUGGACUAAAAUAAUAGUCCAUUCUGAUAGCAAAUCAGUAAUAGACCAGAUAAAUAGAAGCAAUGACUAUGAAUACAACAUUGCAACUAUUCUGGAAGAUGUGCAAGAACUUAGAACACAUUUUGAAAGCUGUAGGUUUGUGUUUAUACCUAGAUCAGAAAAUGAAAUCAGCCAUACUCUAACUCAAUUUGCUGUCAAGCUAGUGUAUGAUAUUGAAUGGGAACAAGACUUCCCAAGUUGGCUGAUGGUCUUAGUGAGAAAGGAAAUGAUGGUAGUAGCCCUUUUUUGUAAUUAA